AUGGAGCGGCACCACGUCGAAGAUAUACCACGCCUGACCGGAGCGGAUAACUUUCUCGAAUGGCAGAGGGCUCUCAAGCUCAAAUUGAGGAGCCUUCACCUGCUAUCCUGCAUUUACGACACGCGUAUGCACCACCAACGGGAAAAGGAGUACAAUCAAGUCUUCGACAUCCUCCUAUUGACCGUCCAUCAAGACAUUUUCAACUCGCUGGACUUCAGCACCCCUCACAGAAUAUACAGCCAGCUCGUCUGUCGCUACACUCCGUCUAUCCACGAUCAAUUUGUCAAAUGGGCCAUCAUGCGCUUUAACAGUCAAAAUGCGACCAAGGAGGGCUUCGCGGCGAGAUGGAUCGAAGAAAAGUCGGAUGUUGAGUACGCUGGAAUGUCCAUUUCCGACGAACUAGGCGCAUCCGUUUUCUGCGUGGCUGUUGCAGACGUUGGCGACACAUGGGAUCAAGCUCGGUCAAAGCUCGCCAUCGAUGACUCUCAUCCCUGCGAGAUGGGAGCUAUAAUGAGAUGGCUCAACCGAGACACCAUGGGAUAG